AGGCUACUGGAGAUCAUCAGCUCAAGUGAGCCUUCUUGUCUUCUUCUUAACUUGUCAACCAUGCCUGCCGUCUCAGCUGCUGCCUGCUGCGCCGCCGCUACGCCGGCUAACGAAGUCGUCGAGGACCUCUUCGGCUUCCUGCGCGUCCUCAGUGACGGCACCAUCCUCCGGUCGCCGGCGGAACCUGUGUUCUGCCCGACCACCUUCCCCACCAGCCACCCGUCCGUGCAGUGGAAGGAGGCCGUCUACGACAAGGCCAAGAACCUCCGCGUCCGCAUGUACAAGCCGGCCACGUCAGCCGACGGGGAUGCCGCCGAGAACAAGCUGCCGGUGCUCGUCCACUUCCACGGCGGCGGCUUCUGCCUCGGGUCGUGCACGUGGGGGAACGUCAACGCGUUCUGCCUCCGCCUCGCCGCGGACGCCGGCGCCGUCGUGCUCUCCGCGGGGUACCGCCUCGCCCCCGAGCACCGCCUCCCGGCGGCCUUCGACGACGGCGCCAGCUUCAUGCGCUGGCUCCGGGAGCAGGCCGUGAACGCCGAGGCCGAGGCCGACGCCUGGCUCACCGAGGCCGCCGAUUUCGGCCGCGUGUUCGUCACCGGCGACUCGGCGGGCGGCACCAUAGCUCACCACCUCGCGGUGCGCGCCGGCUCCGCCGCGGCAGAGCCGGGCGAGACGACGGCAGACCCCGUCACGGUCCGCGGCUACGUCCUGAUGAUGCCGUUCUUCGGCGGCGUCCGGCGCACCCCGUCGGAGGCCGGCUGCCCCGCGGAGGCGUUCCCGAACCUCGACCUAGUCGACCGGUUCUGGCGGCUGUCGCUGCCGGCCGGCGCCACCAGGGACCACCCGGCGUCGAACCCGUUCGGGCCGGACAGCCCGGACCUGGGCUCGGUGGACCUCCGGCCGGUCCUCGUGGUGGCCGGCGGCCUCGACCUGAUACGCGACCGCACCGUCGACUACGCGGAGCGGCUGGCGGCGAUGGGCAAGACCGUGGAGCUCGCCGAGUUCGCCGGCAAGGCCCACGGGUUCUACCUGCACGAGCCGGGGUCCGAGGCCACCGGCGAGCUGAUCCAGGCCGUGGUCCGGUUCGUCGACGGCUGCGUCGCUGCGACAGAGGCUGCUGCUUAAUUUACUCGGUGCAUGUGUGUCACGUCAUUAUAGGAGUCGUCGACCGUCGAGUUCAAUAACUUGCUUGUGUAUCAGUGUAUAUGCUGAAAUGCGUGCGGUUCUCUCGUAGUCGCAUGAUGAUGUAUUGAUGUGUGGAUUAUUCAGGCGUGUACUGCAGUCCGGUUGAUUCUAGUGUCAGAUGAGGAACACAUCCAGCACCCGUUUGAAUAAAAAACCCUUUUAACUCAGUGGUAAAGUAAUGCCAUGGUAAGGUAUAAAUCAUCGGUUCAAAUCUGAUAAAGGGCUUUUCACUU